AUUUUCGUUAUCCUUGAUUUACGAGAACAGAGAAGAAAAAUGCAUACUUCACAUUGUCUUCGUCGUCAUGGCUUCAUUUUGCUUCUUGUUCUGUUUCAUUCAUAUGUGUUUGGUUUAGCUUCAAAGGUGGACGUUUCUUAUGAUGCAAGACGCAUCAAAAUCCACCGUGACCGGAAACGUUUUCUCUCUGAUUCUAAUCAUCACCCUCGUUACGAGUUAAGGGAAUCUCAUCAACAUGUCAAGGAACAUGCAGCGUGUAUUAAACCUGAACCUGAUCUCGUUCCUUUAACGGGUCUUGAUUGCAUGGAAGGAUAUGUUAUCACCAAGAUCAAUUUCGCUGACUAUGGCAACCCCACUGGUACAUGUCAAGACUUUAGACAUGGCAAUUGCGGUGCACCAGCUACCUUGAGACUCGUCAAAAAGAAUUGUCUUGGGAAAAAUAGAUGUGCACUUUUUGCUACGGACGAAAUGUUUGGUCCAAGCCACUGCAAGGGAGUCUCUAGGCUCGCGGUCGAAGCCACAUGUACAAAGAAAUAGGUUUUUACUGAUUUUUC